UGAAUUAGCUGGAUUGUAUUGAGAGAGAAAAAAAGGAGGGAGUGUGAGGAUUCGGUGUUUCGUCGUACAUGGGGAAGCGAUUGUAUAUAGUGCGUGUAUUUAUAUGUACAUUUUUCGUUUCUGACUUUUCACCAUACGAAAUUGAAGUAGAUGGCAAUAGACUGAUUAAUACGGUUGUUUUUGACAUUCAAUGUAUAGCCUAUGCAUGGGGACUGGAUUGCACAUUUAUAGCCAUAAAAACAUAGCCAUACAAUACGUUGCAAAGAAGCACAUUUUACCAAAUAACUCGACAUUUGGGUGUUCCCAAACGAGUCGCAACCGACGGACAUACGGUCAUCUUGAUUGGGCGCGUUGAAAGUAUUUAUCCAGAUCCAGAAAUGGCACAGCUAUUGUUUCUUAUAAUUCUGUAUGCUCUGCCAUCUCUUGUUGUGGCCAUGCAUAAUUCAACAACUGGAGGCUGUGCCAUCAUCCGUCCUCCCAGAGACGGAGGCAUCCGCUACAGAGGCCUGACACAAGAACAGAUCCGCAAUGUGCAGAUCCUACCAGUGGACUACGAGAUAGAGUACAUCUGCAGGGGGAACAGGGUCAUAGUGGGCCCUAAGGUCAGGAAGUGCCUUCCCAACGGCACAUGGACCGACAUCACACUGCACAGCAGAUGUUUGCUGCUGUGCCCUCGUGUGUGGACGUCCCUGGAGAAUGGGAGGGUGGCGCUGAAGCCCCCUGGGCCACCGGUGGAAGGCACCGUGCUGCACUACAGCUGCCAUGCUGGCUUCAUGCUGGAGGGCAGGAACAUCACACACUGCACCAAGCUGGGCAAAUGGGACUCACCCAAACCGGUCUGCCUCUAUGACAGAAACUACAAAGGCAAGAAGAAACUCUACAUCGGAGCUCUCUUCCCCAUGAGCGGCGGUUGGCCGGGCGGCCAAGCAUGUCUCCCCUCUGCGCAGAUGGCUUUGGAUCUGGUGAACAACCGGACGGAUAUUCUGCCGGAUUACGAACUGGAGUUGAUAUACUAUGACAGUAUGUGUGACCCGGGUGAGUCUACCAAGUUGCUCUAUGAUCUGCUCUACACAGAGCCCAUCAAGACUGUCCUGAUGCCCGGCUGCAGCUCCGUAUCCACACUGGUAGCAGAGGCUGCUCGCAUGUGGAACCUCAUAGUGUUGUCCUAUGGCUCCAGCUCUCCAGCCUUGUCCAACAGGAACCGUUUCCCCACCUUCUUCCGCACCCACCCCUCGGCCACCCUCCACAACCCCACCAGGGUACGCCUCUUCCAGAAGUGGAAGUGGACCAAGAUCGCUACCAUCCAGCAGACCACAGAGGUCUUCACUUCGACUCUGGAUGAUCUGGAGCAGAGGGUGAAGGAGGCUGGGAUUGAGAUCAGUGUGAGACAGAGCUUCCUCACCGACCCGGCUGUCGCUGUCAAGAACCUCAAGCGUCAGGAUGCCAGAAUAAUUGUGGGGCUCUUCUAUGAGACGGAAGCCAGGAAAGUGUUUUGCGAGGUAUUUAAGGAGAAACUGUAUGGAAAGAAAUAUGUCUGGUUUCUGAUUGGCUGGUAUGCUGAUAACUGGUUCAAGAUCAAAGACCCGUCCAUCAACUGCACCAUCGAGAACAUGACAGAGGCGGUGGAGGGCCACGUUACCACGGAGAUCGUCAUGCUCAACCCCGAGACCGUCCGCGGAGCCUCCAACCUGACCUCACAGGAGUUCCUGGGGGCAUUGAUGAACCGGCUGGGGGGUAAGAACCCGGAAGAGACAGGGGGCUUCCAGGAGGCCCCUCUGGCCUACGACGCUGUCUGGGCCCUGGCCCUGGCCCUCAACAAGACUGUGGCCCCUCUGAAGGCCAAAGGUCGCAGGCUGGAAGACUUCAACUAUAACAACCAUGACAUCACAGCAGAGAUCUACCGCGCCCUCAACACCAGCUCAUUUGAAGGCGUGUCUGGUCAUGUGGUGUUUGAUGCCCAGGGUUCCAGGAUGGCUAUGACCCUUAUUGAGCAACUGCAAGGAGGCAGUUAUAAGAAGAUUGGAUACUACGACAGCUCUCAGAAGAAUCUCUCCUGGUUCGGCAACGAUGUGUGGAUAGGUGCCGGGCCCCCGGCUGACUCGACAAUAGUCAUUGAGGAGUUUAGGUACCUCUCUCAGAAGCUGUUUGCUGCUGUGUCUGUCUUCGCUGGCCUGGGCAUCCUGCUGGGCAUCGUCUGUCUGACCUUCAACAUCUACAACAGCAAUGUGCGGUACAUCCAGAACUCCCAGCCCUACCUGAACAACAUGACGGCAGUGGGCUGUAUGAUGGCCCUGGCUGCUGUGUUUCCCCUGGGGAUCGACGGACACCACAUCCACAGGUCCCAGUUCCCUGUGGUCUGUCAGUUCCGUCUGUGGCUGCUCGGCCUGGGCUUCAGUCUGGCCUAUGGCAGCAUGUUCACCAAGAUUUGGUGGGUACACAAUCUCUUCACAAAGAAGGAGGAGAAGAAGGAGAAGAGGAAGCACCUGGAGCCAUGGAAACUCUAUGCAACAGUUGGAGUGUUACUAGCCAUAGACAUCCUGUCACUUAUGAUUUGGCAGAUUGUGGAUCCAUUACACAUCACAGUGGAGAAGUUCACUAGGGAGGCCCCUAAAGGAGACUUGGAUGUCCUGAUUCAGCCCCUCCUGGAGCACUGCACUUCAGAGAAGAUGAACACAUGGCUCGGUGUAGUGUAUGGCUACAAGGGACUGCUGCUGUUGCUGGGGAUAUUUCUGGCCUACGAGACCAAGUCUAUUUCCACGGAGAAGAUCAAUGACCAUCGAGCCGUGGGGAUGGCUAUUUACAACGUGGCUGUGUUGUGCAUGAUCACGGCUCCCGUCACUAUGAUCCUCACGUCACAGCAGGAUGCUUCCUUUGCCUUUGCCGCUCUGGCCAUAGUGUUCUCUGUCUACAUCACCCUGGUGGUGCUCUUUGUGCCCAAGAUGCGCAGGCUGAUUACACGUGGUGAGUGGCAGUCAGAGCAGCAGGACACGCUGAAGACCGGCUCGUCCACCAACAACAACGAUGAGGAGAAGUCUCGCCAGCUGGAGAGAGAGAACCGUGAGCUGCAGAAGAUCAUACAGGAGAAAGAGCAGAGGGUAUCGGAGCUCCGCAACCAGCUGGUUGAGAGACAGGCCCUGCGCAACCGACGACGGCCCUCAUCAGGCACCAACCAGAACCACAGCAACCCGUCCCCGCCCUCUUCCCAGCCAGACCCCAAGUCUCUCCUGCCCCCACCCGGUUACCCCAACCCCGCGUCGGACAAUCACUCCUCCUUACCCCCCUCCUUCUCCAACUCCUCCAACCUGUACCAGGCGGACAGCAAGAUAAGUCGCAACCACUGUCACAACAGCCAGAUCCCCCUGCUCUACAAGUGAAGGGGUGGGGGGGUGGUGUGCUAGAAGAGCCCAGAGCACACAGAGGAACAAACGCACAUGGAGGCACUGUGACUUUCACUUGUUAUGGGAAAAGAGCACAAGCUACUGACAUUGACAGAGUGAGUGGAGGCAAACGACGGCAGAGGGCUUUUCCAUUCACUACAGGCUGCUGUGAGGCGAGUCACCCCGGGUAACACCAGUCUUUCUCACAGUCUAUCUCACUGUGGGAACCUGAAGCACUUGUGACUAGUACUACGAGUUAUCGAAUAAGAGACAAGCACAUCCCAGAGUAACCCUCAGUCUACUUGUGGAGACAAAAAAAUGGACAGCUCUCCCUUUUUCAUUCCUCCUCUUUCCUCCUUCCCUUUGUUUGUUUUCUCGUUCUGUUGUGCAGAUGUAUCUAGGAUCUCCGGGAGGACUUUGUGUAGUGUGUGUGUUUGCUCCUUUUUGACUCCCGUCUCUGCCUAUUUGUCUUCGGUUUGUUGAAAUAGCGAAGCACAUGUUAAUUGAUUAAUAUUGUUAUUACAUAAUGUAUGAUAGGUUAUGUCAUGGAUUCAGUGUUGUGCCCUAUAUUUAGUUCAAUAUUUUGGGGGGUAAAGGGGUGGAAACUGUUCAAAUGCAAUGAGAGUGGAAAAAACCAGCAGAGUUUCCCAGUGGAUUCAAUUUACUGGAUUUCAUAUCAAAACGCCAUCGAAACUCAAAGUGUAAAGUCAAUCUAACUGAAAGUGAAAUGCCAACAUUAUAGCCAUAUGCGGUAGAGGGUUUUGGAACGGACAACCCUCAUUUUGGGACAAAAGCAAGAUUUUUGUGGAUUUUUGGCUGUAUACAUAUUCAAGUACAGCUUUGUAUCUUCAAUCACAUGUUUGCUGUUGUAUGCUCUUGAAUAUAUGAAACCCAUUUGAUAAGGAAAUAGUGUAAUAUGAUAUGUAACCUAAUCAGUAUUCUAUGUAUCAUCCUUUUGAACGUUUUCAAUUGGACUUGAAUGGAUAUGUUCCCACAAUUAGAGUUUUCUUGGACACAUCCUAGAUAUUGAAAGGAAGCACACCCGCCUGAAGAUUUUAAAUGGCAUAUUUAUUAUGCAUCAUUCUUCCCACCCUUUUUAUUUUCUUUGUCAAUAACUGUUUUUCCUUUAAGACAAUCUGAAUAUAAAUGUAAAUGUGAGUGUACAUGCCUGUCACCCGUUGGUCUUAUAUUUGACAUUUCUUCCGAAAUGCCCCUCCGAUUUUAUCUUUGUACAAAUACGUUUGUGAAUGUGAUGACGAAGACUAUAUGUAACGGUUUAGUAAAGGAUUCUGACAUGCGUAUACGACAGUUAAUAUAUAUGUACAAUCUCAUUCAUUAGCAAUUCGUCAAAAUGUAUGAAGCAAUGAUAUAACACAGCUUUAUUGGCAAGUAACAUAAGAGACUUUACUUUUCCAAAUAGCAUUAUCUCAUGUUGCACUAUAGUACAAAACAAAGUUUCAGGUCGGGAUUUUGUUGCCGUUCUAAUAACAUACUGUAGCUCAGGGUAUAGGAAAGUGAGAUAUACGACGUCUCCAUAGGAAGUUAUUGGGUGGAAUAGUCAAUAUUUAUUAACUGUACAUGGAGGACAUUGGGUAAUAUUGUAAUAUAUGUAUGCAAAGAUUAUUUAGAGAAAUAUACUCUUGCACAUGUAUGAAUAUACACUGAGUGUACAACACAUUGGGAACACCUUCCUUAUAUUGAGUUGCAGCCCCUUUUUACCCUCAGAACAGCCUCAAUUCGCCGGGAAAUGGCCGUACAAGGUGUUGAAAGCAUUCCACAGGGAUGCUGGCCCAUGUUGACUCCAAUGCUUCUCACAGUUGUGUCAAGUUGGCUGGAUGUCCUUUGGGUGGCGGACAAUUCUUGAUACACACAGGAAACUGUUGUGAAAAAUCCAGAGCGUUGCAGUUCUUGACACACUCAAACCAGUGCGCCUGGCACCUACUACCACACCCUGUUCAAAAGCACUUAAGUCUUUUGUCUUGCCCAUUCACCCUCUGAAUGGCUCACAUACACAAUCCAUGUCUCAAGGCUUAAAAAUCCUUCUUUAACCCUUCUCCUCCCGUUCAUCAACACUGAUUGAAGUGGAUUUAACAGGUGACAUCAAUAAGGGAUCAUAGCUUUCACCUGGAUUCACUUGUUCAGUCUAUGUCGUGGAAAGAGCAGGUGUUCCUAAUGUUUUGUACAUGCAGUGUAUAUAACUGGAUUUGAAGAUAUUUGUAUACACUAUAUUUACAAUUUUAAAUGUUGAUAUAAUAUCAGAUUAUAUGCAUUCAAAUAUAUGGAUAAUCAUAGUAAAAUAAACCCAUUGUUUUUCACUGAA